GUUCCGUUUUAUGUAGCUUUGUAUUAGGUUUUAUUUCCAAACACGGGGUCCAAAUUCAUUUUUAAAUUACGACAAUCAAAUUUUAUAUGUUUUAAUUUGCGGUUCGUGGGGGGCUAAAUCUCCGAUUUUAAUAAUGUGCUCGCGAUUGUCCGGCUGCCUGCUAACGCGGUUGUCCGGUCACAAGGCACGGGGAACCAUGGGCAUGGUGUUCAAGUGGCAGUUGCGUAACUACUGCGAUCCACCUCUCAUGGAUUGCCAGGCUUACAAGGCUUUUAAGGAGCAAAAAGCCCUUGCACUGAAAAAGAAGAAGGCGGCGGACAAGAAGGCAGCGGCCAAGAAGGACGCGGAUCGCCUUAAGAGCCAGUUGAGAAAGUGCAUCGAGCUCAAGACGAAGGCGCUGAAGGCGAAAGUGGAGUGCAUGACAGCGGAAGAGCAAGAGGCCACGGGGGGGAUGAUGGACUGCGUAAUGUCGGGUGUCAAGAGAGUCUGCCUGAAGACUGAGAUGCAGAAAUACUGUAAGGAGCAGGAGCUGAAGCUGCGCUUCGAGCGAAUGAUAAGGGAGAAGAAGAUCAAAGAGCUGCUUAAGCAUUGUUCCGCCACACAAGAGGAAACCUCUUCGAAAGACGGCAAGGACCCCAAGCAGAAGCAGGUCGAUAAGGGAAAGGGGAAAAAGGAAAAAAUAAAUACAGGAUCAGAAACGCUUGAGAACUGCAUUGAGCAAACUACGAAACUUUUAGAAGCCGCGAUGAACAGAGUUGAAAAUCAAAAGCAGAUUAAAAAUUCAGAGGCCAAAAUUAAAGAGAACGAAAAGGAUAGUUCUCACGAUAAUCCCAAGGGAAAAGGCGAUCAAAAACUCGCGAAGAAGGGAAAAUAUACCCCAAAAAAGAAUCUCAGUGAGAAAAGGAAUAUAGAAGCAACCAAAAAGAAAGACCAUUCCAAAACCAAAAAUAUGAAACAGAAGAGUCCCAAAUUAGAUAGUUGCAAGCAAGAUCACAAAAAAUCAGCCGAAAGUUCCAAUGUAAAACCUAAGGAACACAAGGAAACAAUAAUAGAUAAUUGUAAGGAAAAGAGACCUCAAAAAAUUAAAUGUGAAAGUGAGGACUUAGAAAAGGUGAAAGAACCUAAAAAGCAGGAAUUCCCCAAAGAGUCCAAAAAGGAAAAGCAGCGUACAAAAGAUUCCAAAGCUUCCGAUGUUAAAAGUAAGGAUUACACAAAAAUGGAGGACAAGGCCAAAAAUGAUCCAAAAGAUAAAAGAAAGGAAGAGAAAGAAGAACAAUCGAAAAGUCAGAAAAGCACAGGUAAUACUAAGGUUUCCCAGCCAAAAGAUAAACGCCGGGAAAAAGCUGAUACGAAAGCUAAGAGUGAGGAAGUGAAGAAUAAAGAAGAACCAAAAGAAUGUCCAGAGAAGCAAAAAACAAAAAUGGAAUGUGUAAAAGAAGACAAGAACCACGGGUCCAAAUCUGCGUUUGAACAAAGGAUGGAAAAAUGCAUAAAGGAAGAAUUGGAAGAUAUGCGCCAGGCCCAGAAUCACUUAAGUCCCAAGGUCAAGAAAAAUGUCGCGGCCUCAGAAGACUGUCUUAAGGAGCAAGUCAAGAAGAGAUGCCGCAUGAUCGUUAUCAAGCAAAUGUGUGCGGAGUCCUGGGGAGAACCGAAGAAAGCGAAUAAGUGUGAGGAUCAGAAGGAAGGCGAAGAGGACCUAGAGAGCACGAACUCAAAGGCCCAAGAGUGUGUCAAGAUAAAAUGGAAAGAUAUUUGCCCCUUCAUUCAAGAUCUUUCUGAAAAGAACGACGUAGAUUUUAGCAAAGCUUCUGAGGAAGUAAAAGAAAUGAUGGUGAAAUCCUGCCAAGAGGAUGAGAAAAGUAAAGAGUCCGAAAUUAAAGAACUGGAAGCGGAUAUCGAGAAGUGUGCCUUCCUCAAAAAAUGUGCCGAUGCAAGGCUUAAAAGAAAAUGCGAUGAAAUAGAAAAGAAGAAGAAGUGCAAGGAAGAGGCUCAAAAAAAGAAAUGUGAAAAGCUCGCUUUAAAGAAAAUAUGCGAAGAACUGGACAAGAAGAAGGACUAUAUAAAGAAAAUGGGCGUUACGCUUAAAUGCGACUGCGAGGAUUCAAAAAAAGAGUGUGAUGAUGAAUGGCAGAGAAAGUGUAUUGAAAAAGCACAAAAGAAAUUAUGCGAGGUCAGAAAAAAACGGGCAGAGCAAAUUAAAACGUUAGAGGAUGGUCAAGAAAACGAAUGCAAAGAGUUGGAAAUAAAAAAAAAAUGUGAAGAGGAAAAGGUAAAGAGAAAAUGUGAAGAGGAAGCGGUAAAGAAGAAAUGUGAGGAAGAGCUAGCAGAGAAAAAAUGCGAAAAAGAGGCUAAAAAGAAAAAAUGCGAUUGUCUAAUGAAGAAAAUCGAAAAGCUGAAGAAUGAAGAGCAAGAACUGAAAAUCGCGUUAAAAGAGUUGGAGAAAAAAGAGAAAGACAGGCAGAAACAACGGGAGGAAGACGAGACGAAAAAAUGUGAAGAGGAUAAGGUUUUAAAAGAGUGUGAAAAUUUUGAACAAAAGAAACAGGAUAAAAGCGAAGAAGAAAAGGGAAAAAAGAAGAAGGAAACAGAGCCGAAGAGUGAUUUCAAAAAAUGAAAUCCUAGAAUCUUCGUGAUCUGUUAAGUCAGAUAGAAAUCAAACGAGAGGAACUCAUAACACAGGAAAAUUGGUUUUUUGAGAGUUUACGAAAGCUGCGGUUUCAGGAAGACCAUAUAAUCAAGCAUAGGCAAGAUGACACACGUGGCUCAGAGGACGACGGCGAUCGAAAGGGUUGCCCUCCAGUUGAUGCAGGAGAUGCCGCGUGCCAUGAUUUGUGAUUCCGCUUCCAGGUUUGAGGAGCAAAUGAGGGUGACCGAAGUCAUCGACUUCAGCAACUGGGUGAUCGUUCUUGCGACCGCCACCGUUGUCUUGGCAACUAAGACGACAACAAUGGAAUGCAGUCGGCGUUGUUACAGGCCUGUCGUAAGGAGGUCUUCUUGAGACCGUCCAGCUUUGGUGGGUGGUUCCGUAGUUGGGUAGUGGCGUGAUAAGUCUCUCGGAACCCGUAAUGUCUUUAACUAUGUACUAUGCUGUCAUGAAUUACCUCCACUUUGCUAGUUUUAUAAUAAAAUCCUUCGGACUGCCCCCACGUUAA